AUGUCUGGCGCAGUCCCCGGUGCGCCCGGCAUGAGGCUGAUAAUCGUGCGCAGGGGUCAGAACCUGAUCAUGAACAUGGCCGACCACGGUUACACCGUCUGCGCUUUCAACCGCACCGUGUCCAAGGUCGACGUUUUCCUUGCCAACGAGGCCAAGGGCAAGUCCAUCGUCGGCGCCCACUCUGUGGAGGAGUUCGUUUCCAAGCUGAAGCGGCCCCGUCGUGUCAUGCUCCUUGUCCAGGCCGGCAAGCCCGUCGACGACUGGAUCGAGACCCUCCUGCCCCUCCUUGAGGCUGGCGACAUCAUUAUUGACGGCGGCAACUCCCACUUCCCCGACUCCAACCGGAGGACAAAGUACCUCGCUUCCAAGGGCCUCCGUUUCGUCGGCUCCGGUGUCUCCGGCGGCGAGGAGGGUGCCCGCUACGGCCCCUCUCUGAUGCCCGGUGGUCAUGAGGAUGCCUGGCCUCACAUCAAGGGCAUCUUCCAGAGCAUCGCUGCCAAGAGCGAUGGCGAGGACUGCUGCGACUGGGUGGGUGACGAGGGUGCUGGCCACUACGUCAAGAUGGUGCACAACGGUAUCGAGUACGGUGACAUGCAGCUCAUUUGCGAGGCGUACGACAUCAUGAAGCGUGGCCUCGGCAUGUCCUGCAAGGAGAUCGGCGACGUUUUCGCUAAGUGGAACAAGGGCGUUCUGGAUUCCUUCCUGAUUGAGAUCACCCGGGAUAUCCUGUACUACAACGAUGAAGAUGGCACCCCGCUCGUCGAGAAGAUCCUGGACAAGGCCGGCCAGAAGGGUACCGGCAAGUGGACCGCUGUCAACGCGCUCGACCUGGGCAUGCCCGUCACUCUCAUCGCUGAGGCCGUCCUGGCCCGCUGCCUGUCCGGCAUCAAGGAGGAGCGUGUCAAGGCGUCUGGCAAGCUUGAGUUCGUUGGCCGCGUCAACACCUUCGAGGGCAACAAGGAGCAGUUCCUCGAUGACCUCGAGCAGGCCCUUUAUGCCUCCAAGAUCAUCUCGUACGCCCAGGGCUUCAUGCUCAUGCAGGAGGCCGCCCGCGAGUAUGGCUGGAAGCUCAACAAGCCGUCGAUUGCCCUCAUGUGGCGCGGUGGGUGCAUCAUCCGCUCCGUCUUCUUGCAGGACAUCACUGCGGCGUACCGCAAGAACCCCGACCUCGAGAACCUCCUCUUCGACGACUUCUUCAACAAGGCCAUCCACAAGGCGCAGCCCGGCUGGAGAGACGUUGUUGCCAAAACUGCCCUGCUCGGUAUCCCGUCCCCGGCCUUCUCCACGGCGCUGUCGUGGUUCGAUGGCUACCGUACCAAGGACCUGCCCGCCAACCUGCUGCAGGCGCAGCGUGACUACUUCGGUGCCCACACUUUCCGCAUCAAGCCCGAGGCGGCGAACGCCAAGUACCAGGAGGGCAAGGACAUCCACGUCAACUGGACUGGACGUGGAGGCAACGUCGCGGCGUCGACAUACCAGGCUUAA